AUGGAGAAAAUUGCAGGCGCAAAUGGCUCGACAUUAAUAGUCUCAAUAUUGUUGCCAUUAUCAUAUGUUUCUCUAGUCCAAUUGUUCGAUUACAACGGAACGAAUCGAAACGAGGAAAAAUCGAUUCGAAAGCGAUUUUUUGGCGCAAUUUUAAGCAAUUUAGCGUCGAUUUCGAUCACAUAUUACUAUUUGAAAGAUGAGGUUUCUUCGCCAUUUUUGGAAAUGGGCAUCCGAUUUGAUCAUAUUGGAGAAGCGAUUUCCUAUCCGAUGACACUUGGAUUUUCGUUGUACUUUGGACAAUUCGUCAUGAUGUACAUUGAUCGAACGAUUCAUUAUUAUUUUGACAUUGACGAAUGGAAACGCUCGUUUCGCUCAUUGCAAUGGAUUCGUGACAUUAUCGUGGGUCCCAUCACCGAAGAGAUCGCGUUUCGAUGCUGCUCGGCGGUUCUGAUGAAUCGGUGUCUCGGCGCGAAAUGGACGUUGUUCUGCGCUCCGCUGCCGUUCGCCAUCUCGCAUUUCCAUCACAUCUUCGAUGAUCAACGACGAGGUCACUCAUUGGCGCAUUCAAUUUUGCAGAGAACUUUCCAAUUCUGCUACACAUUCGUUUUUGGCCUAUUCGUGACCCAUUUGAUGUUGACGACUCGUCAUUUCAUUGUUCCGAUUGUUGCUCAUAUGAUUUGCAAUUCGCAAGGACUACCACUGUAUUGGGCAGUUGGCAACUACCCAAAUCGUCGCGACAGGUUUAUUCUGUACAUUUCGUACACGGCCGGCCUUUUGCUUUGCAUUUAUCAACUCAAAUCUCAGCACGGCAUGCCGACGCCCAAUUUUUAA